UAAACGUGACUGUUUUUAAUAUGAUAACGCAAAAAUUAAAUUAUGGUGUUAUGUUGAUGUUAAUAUUCGAAAUGGAUAGAUGAAUUUAAGUGUUUCUCUUUUACUGAAUAGUAGCAUACCAUAGAUAAAUAGGUUCACGCAACAUAAAAUUGGAUAAUCACAAUUCAGGAAGAAGUGAUGAGAAUAAAAUGACGAAAGGGAGGUACCUAUGAAAUAAAGUCUCUCAGACGCAAGUCGAUAAAGGAUCAAUUAUUCAAGUAUUUUAAGCCCCAGGAUGCCCACAGCGGCUGAGUUUUCCGUAAGAGGCCAGGUAUUAGUUGUGGGAGUCAGAUUAGUUGUGGUGGGCAGGGGAGCAGCGACAGCCGUCAUGCGAGCGCCGCUGUGAGCCCCGCGCAGAGCCGCUCCACGCAGGGCUGACGACUGAAUGGAAACCUACUGCUGAACUUCAAUGCUGCGCUGCUGUAGAGAGACGCGGGGGAUCUGCGUUAAACAAAAGUGGCGCGUCUUGGAUUUAGGUGCGGACCAACUCCGAAAAGAGGACGUGCAAGUUAAGGAGGGGAACUGCCGAGCACUAGUUCACCCACGUCGCGAUUUCAGUAACAUGCCCGCAAUCAAAAAGGAGAUACUGGAUGGAGAUGACAUGGCUUUGGCUGCCUUAAAUCAACCCGACUACCUGGCCCCUUUAAAUAGCAGCGCUCUCCCUGUGGUGACCCCUCAUCCGCCGCCUUACGAACAGAUUUUCGCCCAUCACCGCGCUUACUUGGGACUACAGGAUACAGCGCUGCAUCACCAGCACCUCCACCACUACCCCGAAGACUUAAUGCUGGAGAGGUUCUCCUCCAUCCCCGAUUUCCAACCCUUUUUUGACAACGGGGAACCUUGCAUUGAAGUGGAAUGUGGAGAAAAUAAAGCUUUGCUGUACAUCAACAAACUGUGCCAAGGCAGCAAGGGACCUUCGAUUAAAUACAGGGGAGAGUGGCUCACCCCGAACGAGUUCCAGUUUGUUAGCGGACGGGAGACCGCUAAAGACUGGAAACGUAGUAUCAGGCACAAAGGAAAAAGUCUGAAGACCCUUAUGUCCAAAGGAAUUUUACAGGUACAUCCCCCAAUCUGUGAUUGCCCUGGGUGUCGAAUUUCGUCUCCAGUGAACCGCGGACGCCUGGCUGAGAAGCGGACCAUCCCGCUGCCUCCCACCCGCCUCCCCAAGAAGGAGCUGCUCUGUGCCAGCAGUGACGACAGCGAGAGCAGCGACAGGGCCAAUGGUGACCCAGCUGACAUCAAGCAAGAGGACCAGCUGCAAUUCAGUAUCAUGAGAAAGAGCCGCGACGGUGACCUCACAUCGAUCAUCUCCAACCUGCACCACAGUCGACAGCUGGGCUUGCCUGAGGGUCCGCCCUGCGGGGACAUCAUCAGUAGCAACGGCAUCGAGAUUGCGUCCGCAGCAGCAGAUGACAUUUUAGGCAAGAGGAGAGCUUGUUCCCCCAGCAGCAGCAGCGAGUGCCCCUCAGAGAAUAAGAAGUCUCGCAGCGUGUCACCUAAAGAGAACUCCCACACCCCAGCACUGGAACCUCUGUCUGGUCACAUGACCCCCGAGGAGCACUACAGGCGUAUGAUGUCAGCCCUGAACGAGCAGGGCUCCUACGAAGAGCAGCAGCAGCGACUUUACCGGCUGGCCAACAGCAUGGCGCUUCCCAGUCACGGAGAGCUGCUACGGCUGCGCCAGGAGGCGGUCGCUGUGGCGCGGAAUCCCGCGAGCAUGGAGGCCCACCUGCCCUCGGCUGGCGGCGCAUCGAACCAGCGCCGCAAGCAGGGCCUGCCCCAGCACCGCGAUGCCCACUUUUCAGAGAGAGACAUGUCACACCCUCCGCCCCUGCUGUCACCUCAGACUGCACCUCACAUCGCUCUGGGACCCCACCUGCGGCCCCCCUUCCUGGGCAUGCCCUCUGCCCUGUGCCAGGCCCCCGGAUAUGGCUUCCUGCAGCCGGCCCAGGCUGAGAUGUUUGCUCGCCAGCAGGAGAUGCUGAGGAAACAGAAUCUGGCAAGGUUAGAGAUGUCGGCAGAGCUGUUGCGCCAGAAGGAGCUGGAGAGUCUGCACCGGCAGCGUCUGCUGGGGGACCCUUUGAACCUUCACCCCAACUUGCCCCCGGAGCACCCGGCCUUGCGCAGUCUGCACGACAUCCCCGAGGGCCACCCGCUGCGAGAGGAGCUCAGCCGGCGCAACGCCAUGCUGGUGCUGCGCCACAGCAACACGCCACUGCUGUCCCUCAACCACCAGGGGGCGCCGGGCAGCGGCGGCGCCACGAAGGAGCCCGGCUCACGGAAGAGCGUCCGGAAGGGAGCGCAUGGUCGCGGGGACCUCCAAGAGGGACCUUCUGAGGUUAAGGACCUCCAGGGAGAGGGGCAGCAUCACGACGGGCUGGCGGACGGACAGGACGACACGAAGGACUCGGAGAGUGACGCCGAGGUGGCCGAGGAGCGACUGGAAGGACGGCCGAAGCUGGAAGGGCACGGCUCAGAGGUCAGCAAGGAGGCGCCAAAGGCGUUCGAGAACGUCAGGGAGCCGGGGGAGCCUUCGGGGCGCCUGAGCGCCCCCUGCAGCUCUGCGGGGUCCGUGUCGCCCAGUCAGCACUCCUUCACUCCUGGGAUCCCCAAGAGUGAAACCAAGUACCUCCCUCCUGGGGCGGUGCCCCCCCUCCCUACGCCGAUGUUCCCCUUCGGCUUCCCAUACUCCAGCCCAUAUUUCCACCCCGGUACCAUGGGAGGAAUGUUCCUGGACAGCGAGGAGGUGGAGGACAUCAGCAAGUGGAGUGUGGAGGAGGUGUGUAGCUUUGUCGGCAGCCUGGGGGGCUGCAGUGAGUACACACAGGUUUUCCGAGAUCAAGCGAUCGAUGGGGAGACGCUUCCACUGCUGACCGAAGAACAUCUGCUGAACAACAUGGGCCUUAAACUGGGUCCUGCACUCAAGAUCCGCUCCCAGGUGGCCCGGCGUGUGGGUAGAGUGCUCUACAUGACCAGCUUCCCGCUGGCCUUUCCGCUGCCAUCGUUGGUUCCCCGCCCCCCUGAGAGGGACCAAUCCGCCGCCGAGGCCCGGCCGACCUCCGUUGGCAGCCCCCCCGCCACAUACGGGGCCACGCCCACCAGCCGCUCCUCGCCAAAGACCGAGAAUGGAAGCACUUCCUCUGCCGUAGCGUGCGACGCCAACAAAGCGCCAUCGUAGGUAGCCGGAAGUCGGUGACGAUCCCUGGGACUGCUUUAGCGUCUGCCACACAGGAGGGGGCACUGUUGUGGUUGAGGGCGGGCUAGUCGUGGCAGACUUCUCCCGGCAAACCUUGAAUCGACGCUGCUGAUUGCCCACGAGGACCUUUUAUUGGGAGCUAUAGACUUCGAUGCCAGUGAAAUAAAGAGGUCUUGUCACGUUGCCAUCACAUUGUAGAUGCAGAUGAAUAGAAUCCAGAGACAUGUGAAAAAAACGGGACCCCCUUGAGGGAAUGGAAGUGACCAUGCCGGGCCUGCUGCGAAAGCGGAACAGCGAACGCGGCACUGUUCAGAGGGGUGUCCCAGAGCCUGCACCGCCUUUCUGAGAGGAGCUGCAAGCACUCCAGUUCCCGGGGGCAUCGUGGCGCUGAAAAAUAAAACAAAACAAAAAAAUGGGAAAGACUUUAUUCCCUGGGAUUUAGCAACCACCUCCAACAUGCCCCCUCCCAGUCAAAAAAAACUGCAAAAUGGAAUUGACUCCUGCAACUAUGCAUUCCGUGGAUCGAAACCAAAGAUGGAGAUGUGCUCCAGCUUCAUGUCACGUAUAGUGUGCGCACCAUGCAGUCUGUGUGGCCCCUUCAGCUGCUAUCACAGUGGGAAAGGGCCUUGGAUGGAUGCAAGUACAAGGAGACUCAUGCUAACGUGACUGACCCGUUCUCGGUCGGGUUCGCGGUUACACAUGUAGUGGUUCGAUAGUAGUGUUUGACCUGGACCUAGAAAGUGCCUGCCAGAGUGGGACACCCAUCUCAACAUGACGCGGAAUCAUCUGUCCUGGCUGGAGUGUCUGCGCUGAUCAGUGUGUGACCACGUCUACUACUGUGGAUGAACAAACCAAGCCAGACUGUACAGUGGCACGCUAGCGAUAACAAAAAUAUUCUGAGAGUUGCGUAACUGGUACUUUUUGUUAACUGUAGUUGCACGUUAUUACUGUUUCUUAAAUGAACAAAAUAUGACUUGCUAACUUUCGGUGGUACGUUUUUGUUAGUUUGUUUUUUUUUACAUUUAUGUUUGAUACUUAUUCUAUUGUAAUAUUAAAAGCCCCACUUUGAAAUGCUGCUUCCUAGCAAAUACAUACGGAAAGCAAGAAAACAUAUUUAUAACUUUUUCUGUUAUACUUAGGAUGACGUGAUUACAGUAGGUAUAUAAUUUUUGGUAUACGAUUAUUCAUCCUUUAAAUGGAUGCCAAAGAUCAACCUUAUUUUUUCUCUUUAUUACAGGGAAAUGAAAGGCACAAAGCUCUUUAUGCAAAUCUUUGAAUUCGUUAUGAAUUUGUAAGGAAAAACAACAAAAAAAAUGAACAUUAAAAUGGUCUGUAGUUUUCCCCUUCAUACUGUCUCUGUUUUUGGGUCUACCUUUCAAAUUCUCAGGUGAAAUAAACCGCUGAAUGAA